CACACCUCAAAAAUCUCCCCAUCUUUUGAAUAUUUCGUCAACUUCUUUAACCAAAAAACAAGGAUCAUUUUGCAUUAUCUAUUCAUCUCUCUCUAUUUCCCAUUUGAUCACUUCCAUCUCCAUUUUUCAUAUUUUGAAGUCCCUUUCUCUCGUUAGACAGAGACACAACAUGGCGAACUCAGCCUCGGGAAUUGCUGUGCACGACGAAUGCAAGCUGACAUUCUUGGAGCUAAAAGCCAGAAGAAACCACAGAUACCUGACCUUCAAGAUUGAUGAUGGCCUCCAACAAGUGGUGGUAGACAAGGUCGGAAGCCAGGGCGAAUCCUACGAGGAUUUCUGCAAGAGCUUGCCUUCUGACGACUGUCGCUAUGCUGUCUUCGACUAUGACUUCACAACAGAUGAAAACUGCCACAAGAGCAAGAUCUUCUUCAUUGCAUGGUCACCAGAUGUUGCAAAGGUGAGGACUAAGAUGUUGUAUGCAAGCUCCAAAGACAGGUUCAAGAGAGAGUUAGAUGGGAUUCAGGUUGAGUUGCAAGCAACUGAUCCUAGUGAGAUGAGCUGGGAUAUCCUCAAGGCCCGGGCUUAUUGAAGACGCGUUGCACCAAGCAUCCUCUGGCUCGCGUCUCAUCAUCACUUCCUUAUAAAAUGUUCGAGUUUUAGGGCGGCUCUUUCGACUACAUCUGAACAGGGCUUAGUUAUUUAGUAGUAUUUUGGAACUAGAGGGAUAAAACCAUCUGUCUGUUUUCUUUUCCAGUUUUGGUUUAUGUUUGUUGUGGUUUUCUUACAAGAGUGUUUAUUAAUGUAUUAGCUGCAUCUUUUCUGUGGCUACCCCCUUUUUAUCUGAUAUAAACAAUGAUUUUCUACA